UUUGGGCACGCAAACUCUCCACUCGUCAGCGUCUUUACAGGAGAUAAUGCCCUGCAACAACAAUUAAGAAAGCCACUGACACUGUCUCUCUUCUUUUUUCGGUCUCAAUCUCAAUCUCUGUGCUGUAUUCGUUUUCUCGAGACCCAGUGAUAGCCUUCGUGAAGUUGUGUAUUGAUGGAGAAUCAACGAAAUAAAGCUUGCCCUUAUUGAGUUCAAAGAAGCAAAGGUAAAGAGAAUCGAAAGCGAAGAUGCGGAGAGAGAUCUCGCUUUUGGUUCAGCCACGAAGUCUUCUCGUUUUGUUACUCAUCUUUAUUUUCCUCGUUUACGCUUUCACGAUCCAUAACAAACCGGAGGAGGAGAAGGUGGAAGAGGUGUAUGAAAUUACGCAUAGAGUAUACUUGGAUGUUGAUAUUGAUGAACAACGAUUAGGUAGAAUUGUUAUUGGAUUGUAUGGCCAGGUUGUUCCAAAAACUGUUGAAAAUUUCAGGGCAUUAUGCACAGGGGAAAAAGGCAAGGGGGCGAGUGGGAAACUUCUCCACUACAAGGGAACACCAUUUCAUCGUAUCAUAUCUGGGUUUGUGAUUCAAGGUGGAGAUAUAGUUCAUGGCGAUGGAAAGAGAAGUGAGUCUAUUUAUGGUGGCACCUUUCCCGAUGAGAAUUUUAAGAUUAAACAUUCACAUCCAGGUGUUGUUUCUAUGGUGAAUUCAGGACCUGAUUCCAACGGCUCACAGUUCUUCAUCACCACUGUCAAGGCCAGUUGGUUGGAUGGGGAACAUGUUGUAUUUGGCAAGGUCAUUCAAGGCAUGGACACAGUGUAUGCAAUUGAAGGCGGAGCUGGAACCUACAGCGGAAAACCAAGAAAAAAGGUCACAAUUGCUGACUCAGGAGAGAUACCCAAGAGCAAGUGGGAUGAGGAAAGGUGAGCCUUCUUCGUACAGUAACACCAAGUUCCUCAAUUUUGAGUUUGCUAGUGUUUUUAGAUAAUUGAUUCACUUUUGUUUCUCAUUGUAUUAUGUCCAUGAAAUUUAAUUAAAUCUUGACUUAGAUCCAACAGUCAUAGGUGCGGUGCCUCUUGGAAAUAUUGUAUUUGGCCUUUUGUAUCCAGCAACUGUUAUAAAUACAAACAUGUGACAUGUCCAUUAUUACGCAAUGAAAAGGAAAUGAUAUUGUUCUUAUUUGAA